UGAGCCGAUCACGUAUCGUAUGUUUGUUUACAAACUAAACCCUGAGCUGAGCCCUCCACCGCGCCGCCAUGGAUCUCCUCGACUCAAUAAUGAGCAAAAUGGACAAGCCGCCCAGUAUAAAUAACAAGCAAAAGAAAAUAAUGAAAGAACAACAAAAAGCAGUUGAGGAAGCAAGAAAUAAGGAAAAAGAAAGACUAAAUCAGUUCAGAAAACAUAUUGAGGAACGCAUCAACCGAUUCAUUCAGAACGUCACAUUGAUGAAGAAGAAAUUUGAGCCAAUGGACCGAGUGGCAAGGAGUAUCGUGAGAGACGUUGCUGAUGUAGCAGGUCUCACCACGUAUGCCUUUGGCACUGAGGAUGUUGACAGGCAUGUGAUGGUGUUCAAGAAAGAGUAUCUGCUGACAGAGGAGGAGCUGGACGCAUACAGGAAUGGCGAGGAAUGGGAUCCAGAGAAAGCGAAGGAGGCAGCAUUACUUAAAGAAAAACAGGAACAUGAAGAUGAAUUGAGAGCACAGGAACUGAAAAAGAAUCCAGGUUCCAACAAGUUUCUUGAGAAAUAUGACCGCUUGGUUGGCAAAGAAACAGGCAAAGAAGCAGCGCGUAUUCUAGAAGUCAACAAGCAGUUUGGCUUUGUUCGUAGUGAACUUAAAAAAGAUAAGCGUACAAUUGAAGAGACGCUGGCUGACAUCAGGGCAAAGAAGCUCAAGAAAGGUCAUGAGGAAGCAGAGGAAGGCAGCGACAAAACUGAACCUGAAAAUGAAGACUCUGCGUAACGAUUAUUGGUUUUAGUGUGUUGUUACCUCAUUAAAAGGAAUCAGUAUAA